UUUUUAAUACACGUGGAUUGCUCCUGUACAGCUCUGCAAUCUGCAUGUAAAUGUGUAAAUAGAUUUUCAAAAAUGAGCAUCCUUUAUUGCAUUUUUAUUGGAAAUGUUCCAUAAUAUUUUCAUAGUAAUUUGAAAUUACUUAUUCUCAAAAAAAAAAUAAAUAAAUAAAUAAAUAGAAACGAUCUCAGCCUAUUGCUAUUAGUACACUUGCGAUUUUAUUUAAAUAAAUCUAUUGAAAUAGUCACUAAUCAAAUUAUCACUGAUCGUUGCAAAAUAUGAUGGUGUGGAUCACCUAUCAUAGUGCAAGGCUUGUACGAUUUCAAAUCAUUCGAAUUAAUGUUGUGGUAGUUUGAUAUGUAUUUGGUGCUGGACCUUCGUGAAGCAGCGUAAUUAAUCGAGCACGCAGUUUUAAAUUAAACAAUCAGUCAGAUCGCAGAAGUUAAUAAGUACAUCUUGCAAUAAUGGCAAACAAUGAGGAUAAUAAAAGCGAAGGUUCGGCUGAAAUCGACGGUGAGAAUGAGAAUGACGAGAAUGAAGAAGCGGAGAAGAUCCUUAUCAUAGAUCCUGAUAGCGAAGAAUUAGAUUUCAAUCAUUCAAGAUUAACAAAAUUAGAAAAUUUGGAACCAUUGAAGAAAAUACAUAGAUUAUGUUUCACGUGGAAUCUGAUAAAGAAAAUUGAAAAUCUCGAUACACUUGUAACUUUGGUCGAACUAGAAUUAAGAGAUAAUCAAAUUAUCGAUAUAGAAAACUUGGAUGCUCUUGCAAACCUGGAGCUUUUAGACUUAUCUUUUAACCGUAUCAAAAAGAUACAAGGAUUGGACAACUUGCUGAAUUUGCAAAAGUUAUACCUGUCUUCAAACAAGAUUCAGUGCAUCGAGAAUUUGUCGCAUUUAAAAAAUCUUACAAUUCUCGAAUUAGGUGACAACAAAAUAAGGGAAAUAGUUAAUCUCGAAGGACUUGAAAGUCUGACAAGCUUGUUCCUUGGUAAAAAUAAAAUAACAAAAAUUGAAAACCUGGGCUGUUUACAAAAUCUUCAAUUAUUAAGUCUUCAAAGUAAUCGCAUUACGAAAAUAGAAAAUCUGGAAGAGUUGAAGAAUCUAGAUCAAUUGUAUUUAUCUGAAAAUGGAAUAACAUGCAUCGAAGGAUUAUUAUGUUUACCAAAAUUAACAACUUUUGAUCUAGCGAAUAAUAAAAUAAAGAAGAUCGAACACAUUGAACAUCUUGAAGACUUGGAAGAGUUUUGGAUAAACAACAAUGAAAUUGAGGAAUGGACAACCGUAGAAAAUCUAACAGUUAAUAAGAAAUUACAAACCGUGUAUUUAGAGCAUAAUCCUAUUGCCAAAGAUCCAAGUUACAGAAGAAAAAUUAAAUUAUUGUUGCCAUGGCUUGUACAAUUAGAUGCGACACUUUGCAGAUAGAUAACAUCAUUUCGCAAAGUAGAUUUUUUUGAUAAUUCUUUAAAUUAUACCUAUUGAUAUUUUUGCUUAUCUCUUUUUAGUAUUAAUUAUAUAUCUACGAUCCUAGAAACGAAAGGUAUGAAAUAAUUAUAACUUUUUAAAUAGAAAUGCAUUCCUUUUUUUUAUGUUUUACAUUUUACUAAUAAUCGUAUUAAUAUCGUUGUUAAAAAUUAAAAUCGAUCAAUAUUUUCAUCUAUUUCGAAAUAUAAGUUUUCAACAAUCAAAUAACGUAAACGUGUCUCCUUUAUACCUUUGUAUAAUUGUACAGCAUGGCUUCUUUCAUUUUGUCUAAUUAGAUGCAAUAAUUUAUUUAGUUAUUUUUGAUAACUUUUAAAAGUAUCGGUAACACUUUAUAUACAGUAAUAAAACUUUUAUAUACAGUAAUUUUCUAAUUAUAAAACUUGAAUGGCACUGAACAUAUUUUGUAUGAGAAUAGCAACAUAAGCAAUAGAGAGAAUUACUAAGUAGUAAUUCUACAAAGACAUUAAAACUAAAUUAUUUUUUAAUCAAAUACAACAGUUUCUAUUUGCAACAUUCGCAACAAAACGCUCAAUUAUCUAUUUCAUAUUUCAGCGUUGCUGUAAAGUACAUAACUCCUGCUAAAUAUUUACAACAUGAGCAACUAAAUUACAUUCUCAUUCGAUUGAUUUUAUGUGCAACAUAUACUCUUAUCUUAUACAUAUACAUUACAUCUUGUAUUGUAAUUUUAUGCUCAUUGAUAUAUACAUGUGAAAUAUACGGAGAUUAUAUAAGUAUGUAUUUGUUAAGUACUUUACAUUCACAAAUUAUAUUACUCUGUCCGGUGAUUGUCUUAAUUGUCACGAAUUUAUGAAUUGGAUAUAUUUGUAACGAAAUGGUUUCAUGUUGAAAAGAAGUUUGUAAUCACGCACGUACGUUAAAAAUACAAAAAGAAAAACAAAUUUUCAACUAAUUUUCACAAAUUGUAUCUUGAAAUACGUAAAUGUACAAUAUCUUGAUUAUAGACUAAAUGCAAAAAAAGGAGAUAUUAUUUAUUUAAUGUAUUUAGGUACACGUUUGAGUAAUUAUAAGUAACAAUAAUAAUAAAAGCAAAAUAAUUUCAAAUAUCGAUGUACCAGUAUUAAUAUUUAAAAUAUAACUUGUAUAACCGCUACGCGACGUUAUUGUUUCAGUGUACGUUUGUAAAAUUGAGCAAAUUUUUACUUACAAAAAAGCUAUUCAAGAGGAUUAAUUUGUGAACGUCUUCGAUUGGCUUUUUAAAAUUAAAUCCUCAAUUUUCUUUCCACCUUGACGGGAAGAUUAUUUUUCAUUCGUUCUAGUAGAAAGCAUGAAUAAGACUUACAAAUUCUACUCGGUAAGUCGAAACGCUCUAACGAAUUUCAAAUAAUAUUUAAUCGCAUACAAAACUUAUAUCGAGAUCGAACAUGAACAUCGUUGAAGGCAUGUCGAAUAUUUUCAUCAACGAAAUUCAAAUUAAACAUUUGAACAUAAACAUAACGUAAAUUAAAACGAUUUCUAUUGGUAGAGUACCAACUAUUACAUUUUUAUCUCAAAGUAAUCAUCGCAACAUCGAACAAAUUUUAACAUUAAUCGCAAAUAUAAUUCGAUAUAAAUUCGAUAUAGGUUUAAUUGCAACAUAAUUCGAUAUAGAUUUUAUUAUAAUUCGAUAUAUUUAUCGAAAAUCUGGAACAUUCAAGUUACGUAAUUCAUCUGAAAUAUUUUCCUUUAAAGGAAAGAUCAUUCGUUCCACUUCGUCAUUUGAUGAUCAAAAUAUACUCAUAGAUAGAGAACUUAAAAACUGAAACAAUUGAUCGUUUCAUUUAAAAUGGAAAAAUCAAACUGAUAGCACGCAUGCAUACGUUCCAAAACCAAUCAAUUUGAUCUUUGUUAUUUCGAUCCGUAAUCAAGUUCGAAGUUAUACGAUCUAUGUACGCAUUUUAGGAACUACAAUUUCGUAUCUUUCGAUCAAACAAGUAUGACAUUUUUCCAUAACUUUGAUUAAAUUCAACGGGCACUUGUAUCAACGGGCAUGGUAACGAAACAAACGGUUGGACGCAUGGUGGAAACAAAAAUGAAAAAUGGAACUCCCCGAAGAACUAUGAAUCAUCUUGUCUUGUAUUAAAAUAUCUUUCUUUUUUUUUCUUUUUAUCUUUACUGGAGUUUAUCUCUAGUAUUCACACGUCACUGGAAAGCUCCGACAUCUCCAAUAGAAACGUAAUCAUUGUUAAAACGAUGCAGUCAUAAUCGCACAGUGUAUGCGAUAGUAUACGUGCGACAAAAGUAAAGUCGACGGUCGAUUGGUCAAGACGGCACAACCGCGAAAAGUGAUUGGCCAACGUGAUAAUUCAGGCUGUAGCUGGUGUACAGCACGCGUGAAUUGAGUGUGACGUCACCGUCAGUACUCGCAAUCGGCCAUUUUGUGAGUGUGUGCUGGAUCGGGAUAUUUGUGUUAAGAAGCUUUUCCAGUAAAACCGAAUGAUUUAGUUUACAGGACGGACUUGCUUUACUUUUAUUAUAUGUGCUAAGCGUGUGGACCGUCCGUAAACUUCACGCGUAGAUUUGAACGAUGGAGGAGAAGGCAUCGUUGAAGGAACUCGACCAGUGGAUAGAACAAUUAAAUAACUGCCAACAACUAACAGAAAGCCAAGUAAAAUCUCUGUGUGAAAAGGCAAAGGAAAUUUUAGCUAAAGAAUCUAACGUACAAGAAGUAAAAUGCCCUGUAACGGUGUGUGGAGAUGUACAUGGACAAUUCCAUGAUUUAAUGGAAUUGUUCAGAAUAGGAGGCAAGUCUCCAGAUACAAAUUACCUUUUUAUGGGUGACUAUGUAGACCGUGGCUAUUAUUCUGUUGAAACUGUUACCUUGCUUGUUGCACUCAAGGUCAGAUAUAGAGAAAGAAUAACUAUUUUAAGAGGUAAUCAUGAAUCAAGGCAGAUCACACAGGUAUAUGGAUUUUACGAUGAAUGUUUACGUAAAUAUGGCAACGCUAACGUAUGGAAAUUCUUCACGGACCUAUUUGACUAUUUACCAUUAACUGCUCUGGUUGAUGGUCAAAUAUUUUGUUUACACGGUGGUUUAUCACCUUCGAUCGAUACUUUAGAUCAUAUACGUGCUUUAGACCGUCUUCAAGAAGUACCACACGAGGGACCCAUGUGUGAUCUUUUGUGGUCAGAUCCAGAUGAUAGAGGAGGGUGGGGUAUUUCUCCUCGUGGUGCAGGAUAUACUUUUGGACAAGAUAUUUCAGAAACUUUUAAUCAUUCUAAUGGCCUGACAUUAGUAUCACGAGCCCAUCAGCUAGUUAUGGAGGGUUACAAUUGGUGUCAUGAUCGCAACGUCGUAACUAUAUUCUCAGCUCCCAAUUACUGCUAUCGUUGUGGGAAUCAAGCCGCGAUUAUGGAAUUAGAUGAUGCUUUAAAAUAUUCAUUCCUUCAAUUUGACCCAGCUCCAAGGCGCGGUGAGCCGCACGUUACCAGGCGGACACCAGAUUAUUUCUUGUAAAGAAUCAAAUCCCCUGAAUUAUUUAUUAAGGUAGGGGUAUGAAAAUGUUUCAGGCUUCAUAGCAAUGCCACUGAAUAUAAUUUAUGAUAGAACAUCAAUAAAGUGUGAGGUUGCAGCUAUCCUUACACGUUACAUUACAUAGUCUCAAGUAUUAUAUCAUGACUGUUUGCGGUGUCUUGUUGAGAGAUGGCACACACAACCGAGUAUUUUGCGUGUGUCUCACACCAUACAUGUAGACACAACAUUAAAUAUAUGCAAAUAGAAAAAAACAAACAAUAAUGUACACACGUACCAAUUAAAAAUCACGUAUCGCAUUGAAUUCUACAACUUUUAUUGUAUUGCUUGUAUUUUUUAUUAUCGAAACAAAAAAAAUGAAUAUAAGAAAUAGUGCGAAUAAAAAACUGUGCAUGGUAUUAUUUUGAAACCUUGAACAAAUAUCACUUUACAAAAAAUGUGUUUGUACAAGCAAAAUUGUUCGUUGCGCGUACUGAAUAGAAAUGUUGUUUAAGAUUUCAAAAAGUGUAUCAAAAUGAUAAUAGAUUAUAUUUAAGAGAGUGUCACAUAAUUCAAGUGUGAAUGGAGCAUGAAAUGUUCCACUUGAGGGAAAUAUAUAAAGGGUUGAUGCAACAGUGAAUUUGGCAUAUAUACAUUGUGCCGUAUGUACAAUUCAAGAAAUUCUUUAGCGUUUUAAUCGUCGAAAUAUAAUUUUUAUAAAUUUUAUUUUUAUAAUUGUUAAAAGAAUAAUUUAGCGCAUGUUCGCCAGUCAUGUUUAUUCCGUAUUUAUUUUCUUUCAGGUUUGCUCAUUGCUGUUCUUAUUCUCAAUGUCUCUUCAUUUCCUUUUUAGACCUCAAAUUUUUAAAUAUUAGUAUCAAAUGUAAAUGUUAUCGGUCACCUUAUGUCUUAUGAUUUAUCAAGAUAUGUGAUAUUUGAGAAUUAAAAAAAAACUUUGCAUCAAUCCUAUGGAGACUUCUUAAGUGAAACACACACUUUAUACCGAAUGAAUUCAUACAGUCACAAUCAUUAAAUUGAAAGUUAAUUGCUUGGGAACCUACCGACAACUUUUUUACUAAUUAAUAAGUAUAAAAUGCUUCUGGUAAAUAAACAUGUGUAAUGCAAGUUUAAUGAAUUUAAUGUGUUGCGUCAAAUCAUUCAUACUCGUCAAUACACAAGCAUUGUAUACAUGAGCAUUGAACGUAUUCACAGAAUACAUAAUUUCAUAGAAUUAACAUGUAAUUCGAGCAUACGCAUAAUGAAACGAUACAGUAGUAACAAUAAAAUGAAAAAUGUAUAGAUGCACACUGUAGCAAUUUACUAAGACUGUAAAUGUAAAAGAAAAUAGCACAGAAACCAUAUUGAAACCAUAUUGUGGAUACAGCAACCUUUUCUGCAUGAUGCAGGACUAAGCAUUUUUUCAUUUUUGUUUUAUAUAUUACAUAUUAGACAUAUUUUUUGGGUUACGAAAGAAAUAAAUUUUCCUAUAUAGAGAGAAAAGAAAAUUAUGAUAUAACAGGCGAAACAGAUUGAGUUAAUUAGAAGUAUGCCUUUUAGUAAUCAGUAAUAGAUUUCAGAGCUCGUAUAGUUAAUUUUGUAUUAGCUCUAUUUAUUCCCUUUUUUAAAUAUUUCAUGCAAGGCAUAAAUUUCAAUAUCAUAAAUAUUUCGUACAU